AAAUUGAUAUAAAUGAAUUAAUCAUACCAACAAAUAUGAACAUGAUAUGUAAUGUAUUAUGUGAUUGUCAACCCGCCCAACCUGCUCCAGGAUGCAAACAAUCCAAAACCAGGACAAACACGAAUGAGCUGACCAAAACGGAAAUGCUGCAAAACCAACCGAUAGCAAGUCGCGGUAACCGCGGGCAACGAUAACAUCCCCCCAAACAGACUGAAUUCAAAAUAUUGAUAAAGCGCAGUGCUCUUAACAAAAUUUAAAAAAACGGAAGCAAGCCACUAUGAGCACGCAUACGGGGCUGGCCUAUUUGAAUUCGUGCAUCAAAGUGCCCAUAGAUCCGUGCAAUAAUUGCCCAGCGCCCGUCUACAAUCGUCCCAAGCUGUGCAUGGGCAAAAAGACCAAAGCAAACAGCAAGCAGCAGCAGCAGGAUGCAACAGCAGCAGCGACAACCUCAACAUGGACUGCCCAAACGGGCAUCAGAUCGUUGGCCAAAUUCUACGACAGCAUACCGGACUACUGUGAAGUGAAGCAUCUGCACAAGGCGGAAUUCUACUCAACGCUGGAAAGCUUGCGCAGCACCAGCCGCGAGCUGCGUGCUCCAACAGUUCCAGUUCCAGUAGCGCCACAGAAGGAACGUUGCCUCAGUGCCUGCAACAGCAGCAGCAGCAGCUGCAACAAAUCGAAACAGCGAAACGGCAACGGCAAAGGCAAAGCGAAACUGAAGCUAAAGCAGUCUAGCAGCAUAUCUACGUUAAAGCUGCCUGAUCAGAGAAUGCCACCACCUGUGCUGCAGGAGGAGGCGCCACACAGCACCCGCUGCCUGAGUGAGGAGUAUGAGAAAUGUGUACGGGAUUUGAGUCGACUGAAAAGCUUCAAACAGGACUUUGCCUUGGAGGUGGCGGACUUUAAGCGUUCGCUCAAGAGCUUUGAGCAGGAGUUCAAACGCGACAGCGCCGAGCGUCCAAAAUCCACCAGCAGUGGCACCCAGACGCACCAGACCCACCACCAACACCAGCCCACCAGCCAGAUGCCUGCAACCGGUAUGCACACGGCGGUGCGCGCCAAAGUGCGUCACGAAAUGUUGCGCAAAUGUUUCAGUGUCAAUGAUUUGAGUGGCGGCAACUGUUUACCCGUCGCAUUGCCCGAGAGUGAGCUGCCAAAGCUGCACAUUGAAUCACCGUCGGUGUCCUCCAAUCGCAGCAGUGUCACCGGCUCUGGCUCAAGUCGCCGGCGUCGACGACGCGCUGCCAAAGUGAAAGUUGCAAAGGCGCCGCAGACGACGGAGCAGCCGCUGUUGCACAUCUUUGAACUGGAGCCGGUGGCCAAGCGAACGGCUAGCGUAUCGCCACAGCAUCCAGUGGCAAGACCCAAUCUUGCAGCGACACUGCGUGCCGAGGUCUCGCGCCAGAAGGUCAAACAGCUACAGAACAACUGCACCUACCACGAUCCAAGACCACAAUUUGACUGGGAGGUGCGCAAAACGCCGGCAUGGAAAUCGCUCUCGCUCAAUGAAUCUCACAAAGCGCUGCUCUCAAUCCGGCUGGCCACACGCAAGGCGGAGCAGUCGCUGCAGGAGCGUCAAUAUGAUCUGCACAUGCAGCUGAUGCGGCAGCGUGUCAAAUCGGCGCCGUUGCUGCUGGAAGGACCCACGUUCUGGGGGCCGGAGGUGGGCAAGCUGAGUCACAGUUGCCGCAGCGAGGGCAUGCGGCAUGCUUGCGAGAGCAGCCAGCAGCGCAGCAGCAGGUGCAAGCAGCCAAGGCCAAAGAAGAAUGCCGAUCCGGAUGCCAAAUUGCAGCAGCUGCGCAAGAUUUAUGGUGCCCAACUGAAGCAGCCACCAUCCAGUUCGCGGCAAUCCAGCUCCAGCUGCCGGCGGCGGCGUCACACGGUGGAACAGACGCCCGAACCGCAUGACAGCGGCGACGACCUCUGCAGCGUGGAUCGCGCCUUUCUCUAGUAGCCUCUGCCUCCAGUCUGCGACACUUGCAACUUGUUGUAGUCAUUGCAAAGUUCAGUUGGAAAGCUCAAUCUUCUUUGAGUAUAU